AACUGUUGUAUAGCAAAAUCCAGGGCAGAAACCCUAGUUACCUUUCCUUCUUAGCUCUGCAAUCUCGAGCAGCAAUCUCUCAAUCGUCGUCGUCAGAUCUACGGGGUAGGAAUUUGAGUUGGUGAUAGUCCUUUUCAUGGCAAUGAGGGACAAGCGAAAAGAAGCUAAGCUUGACUUCGAAGAGAUGGAAGAGGACGAGUCGCGAUUAUCAAAUUCAAGAUCAGUUAUAGAAUUGGGCAGUAGUGAUGAUGAUGAGGCGAAUGAAGAUCUGAGCUUGAAGAUCGUGGAGAAAGCUUUGUCGAAGCAAGCCUCAAAGUUGACUGAAGAUGGAAUUUCUGCUUUUAAUGCUAGUGACGAUGUUACUGUGGUUCGUUUGUCUUCUUCAUCGUCGCCGGAAGCGGAAGUUCCUGUGGCAAGUGCUAGCGGGAAUGAUAGGGAAGAAGCUGGAGAUAUGAAAAGUGAGAGAAAUGUCAAAAAAAGGAAGAAGCAGAACCAAACGAAAAUCGACGAGGUGAUUAUUGUGGAUGAUGAAGAGAAUUCUCAGAAGGUUGAGAAGGCCAGUGUGCUAACCACAGGGGCAGUUGAAUCUGUGGCCCCUGAUGCUGUGGAUAUGUCUGACAAUAUUGUGCUUCGAAAGCUUCUUCGGGGACCAAGGUACUUCAAUCUGCCGGAUAGUGGCUGGGAAACAUGCUAUAAUUGUGGUGAAGGAGGGCACAUGGCAGUGAACUGCCCAUCUGCUUCAAAGCGGAAGAAGCCAUGCUUUGUUUGUGGGAGUCUGGACCAUGGUGCUAGGAAGUGCUCUAAGGCACAAGAUUGCUUUAUAUGCAAAAAGAGUGGUCACCGCGCAAAAGAUUGUCCAGAUAAAUACAAGAGUGACUUUAAGAAUUCUAAAAUAUGUUUAAGAUGUGGAGAUUCCGGGCAUGAUAUGUUUUCCUGCUCAAAUAAUUAUUUGCAAGAUGAUCUCAAGGAAAUUCAAUGUUAUGUCUGCAAGGGUUUUGGCCAUUUGUGUUGUGCCAACUUUGUUGACACUAGUCCAAGAGAAGUUUCUUGUUACAGAUGUGGCCAACUGGGUCACAUUGGUCUGGCAUGCGGCAAGUUACAUGGAGAAACUAGGGAAACGACUGGUGUUGUGUCAACUGGCUCAUGUUACAAGUGUGGUGUAGUAGGACACUUUGCACGUCAAUGUACAAAUCCUUCUAAGGUGAUUUUUUAAGUUUACUUAAAUGUACAAAACUGUUGUGUUUGGUUGAAGGAUUUCUAAGACUCAUUGUUACAGUGUCAUAGUCCAUUCUAUUUGGCCUGUUUCUAUUUUGGAUUUCUAAGUUUUAACAUCUAUUUUGCAGGCACGUCUCAAGUCACUUGGGGAAACCUGGGAACCUACUGA